UAUGUCAAAAUUGUAAAGAUGUGCAACAGCAGGAGCCCUUGAAGCUAAAAUGACACAUUAUGCUCCAGAUGGAACUGGUAUUAUUAUUAAAAAAUAUAAUAAGGUAGGGAUUCUUAUGUUACUUUAUAAAAUGGAGGAAUUUGGAAAGAAAUUUAAAUUUAGUGUGUACAUCCUGAAUUAGGAACCUUUAGCAAAUAAAAACAAUGGAGACCUCCUGCUCCUAUGAUGGUACCAAAAUUUAGACACUAUUAAAGUGAUGGAUCAGGAAGAGAUAAUUAUGUAAUGUAAUUUUUCAUUUCAUAUAUUCUAGUGCUGAUGAAGGAGGAUUAGCUCCAUCAUCUAAAAAAUUUCAAAGAAAGACUAAUUUCUUCACAUCUUUAAGAGAUUAUGAACCUUGUCCUCCAAUACCUUAAUAGGAUUGUUUUAGAUUGGCUUAAACUCCAAGUGCAUAAUCUUUUAAAUAAUUCUUAAAAACUCAAUAAUUAGCAACUUAAUAAAGUGAUAUGAUACGAAGAUUAAAUGUUCCAAAGAAAUCUGAAGAUCCAUAUAAAAGAAUAAGAAAGCUUUCAGCUCCAUUUUAUAGAAAAUGAUU